AUGACUCAAGAUCGCAAACCUCCAACUGUCAAGCUCGCAGAGUAUCUCUUCACUCGCUUACACCAGCUCGGCAUAGGUGCCAUCCACGGUGUUCCGGGAGACUUCAACCUCUCGCUGCUCGACUAUGUCGAACCCGCAGGGUUACUUUGGGUCGGCAACGCCAACGAGCUAAAUGCAGGAUACGCCGCCGAUGGAUAUGCUCGUAUCAAGGGAGUCGGGGCCCUCAUCACGACAUCCGGCGUUGGCGAGCUCUCAGCCAUCAAUGCUGUCGCUGGAGCGUAUGCUGAACGCGCAGCCGUGGUUCACAUCGUCGGCACGCCCUCUAGGGUCCUACAGGAUAGCAGGACCUUGAUGCACCACGGCUUCAAUGAUGGGAACUACAGACGGUUCGCGGAGAUGCAUUCGCAUGUCACCGUUGCGCAGGCGAAUCUCAGAGAUGCAUCGUCGGCACCGCGUCAAAUUGACGAGGUACUGAGGCAGUGCCUGACCCAAAGCCGUCCAGUCUACAUUGAAAUUCCUCAGGACCUAGUUGUCGUUCCUGUUUCGACCGACGGGCUGGAUACACCGAUUCAUUUGCCCGAUGCCGUGCCAACAGCAGCCGACGAGACUGCUCUGGGGGCAAUAAUACACAAGAUCAAUGCUGCAAAAAGUCCAAUGAUUCUCGUUGAUGGAGAAACGAGGCCGUUGGGUAUUAUCGAGCAGACCGAGGAACUGGUGAAAGCCACGGGAUGGCCUACUUGGACUACUGCUUUCAGCAAGUCACUGGUCGACGAGAGUCUGCCAAAUUACCACGGUAUCUACUCGGGCAGAUUUGCCGAUCCCGCCGUCAAGACGUUCGUUGAGAAGGCGGACUUGAUCUUGUGCUUCGGUCCUCACUUCAGCUCGACGAACACUUAUGCUUUCUCAAGCAUACCCAAGCCAGAUGUGACAAUCCUCUUUAGCGCCAACAUCAAGAUAGCGGACCAAACAUUUCGCGAUGUCUCCGUCAGAGCUGUAGUCAGGUCGCUUAUCGAAAGACUUGAAAAGUCCAAGGUUCAUCAAUACGCUCCUUACCCAGAACUUCCCAGAGACCACGGCAUAGAAUUUUCGGAGGUGGCAAGCGAGAAAAGAUCACCCAGUCCAAGUUCUGGCAUCUCGUCCAGUUUCGUACGUCCAGGCGACAUCAUCUUCGGGAGACAGGAACGGCCGGUCAUGGAUCUCGAGUCUUUGCCUGCCCUACCGGCCCAUACUAGAAUGUUCCUCCCGACAACCUGGCUUUCCAUCGGAUACAUGCUGCCUGCUGCGCAGGGCGCUGCCUUGGCGCAGCGAGAACUCAUCCAGUCAUCCAAAUACCACGACAUCAAGGAAGCACGUACAAUUCUGUUCAUCGGCGAUGGAAGCUUCCAGAUGACCGUUCAGGAGAUCUCUACCAUGAUACGCCACAAGCUUGACGUGAUCAUCGUCCUUCUUAACAAUGACGGGUACACCAUUGAGCGAUGCAUACAUGGGUUGCAUCAGUCCUACAACGACGUUGCCCGCUGGCGCUACUUGCAGGCGCCGGGUUUCUUCGGAGGCGAUCCAGAGACGUAUACAGGCUCCGCAAAGACCUGGGGUGAGCUAGAGAAAGUGUUGACGGAUGAUCAGCUGAAGGACGGGAAGGGUUUGAGGAUGGUGGAGGUUUUCAUGGACCCUGAUGACGCCCCCGAAGGCGCCCUGCUCGACUUGAUGCAGAAAGAGAAGAAGAGAAUUGCAGAUAGCCAAUGA